AUGACAUUUGGACAAAAUGUCCAGCCGGGCGAUGUCUCCUUCCAGAUGGAAAAGACAUCAGAAACCAUGAGCAUGACUUGCAACGUAACAGAGGUGUCAAUCAUGGACACCGAGGCCCGCAAGUGGCGGGUCUUCAACACAUCCGAGAACGGCGACGGAAUUUCAGGCAUGUUUCAUCCCCGCCUUCCGGAGCACCGCAGUUCCAUCUCCCUGGGCUUCACCUCUAUCCAUCCAAGCGACCCUAGAUACGAAUUGAAGAAGCAUCAGGAGUCACGUUCGGACUGGCUGGUUUCUCGGCACGAUGAACAGGACAGCGCGCUCAUAGCCUUUUCCACGGAUGAGGAGUCUUCAUUCCUCUACUUGGUCCUCUCGAAGUACGAAUCUUCUACUUCAGGUUUCACCUACUUUCAUCCCUACAGCGACGAGAUCGAGGGACUCUUCUGGCAUGAGUGGGAAUCGGCCGGGGUCACCGUCAUCAGAAUGCGUCUCGAACACCGCGAAUACCUCGGAUACUGGCGCGAGUGCUGCGAGUAUUGGGGAUACGAAAAGGAGAAGAACAAGCUUGAGGUCCCUCACUUAGUCAUGGACCAGGUCGCAUCCGCCCUCCACAAUCGCCGACUACAUCGGAAGAUAACUUCACACGGUUCCGACGAACCAACAAGAUCCGCCACCAUCAACCGUCUUUUGCUCGUUCGCAGCUUUCUGGCCUGCGGUGAUGAGUUCAAGGGCGGCAAUGGCCACACGCUCCACUCGCAUCUGAAGGAGUCGCAAGGGUGUAAUAUGUCAUGCACCUGUGGAUCAACAGUCUCGGAUUCCAAGGAAUUCUUUCAAUCGCACCUCGAUAUCGGACAUCAGCUUCAGUGCCGUUGCUGCGACUUCCGCGGCGACUGGGUGUCACUGCACGUGCAUCUCAGCAUCUCGGACAGAUGUGUUUCCGGCCUCCGCCAACGCAAGCAAAAUGCGUCGAAGGACCCAAAAACGGGGGUACACCAUAUGACCAACGUGGACGGCAAUGCCGACCAAGCCAAGGAGCAGGAAGCCCAGCUCAAACGCUCGUACGCUGCGAUUGACGACGAGCUUCCGCAGCAGUCCAAGAGGCCUCGUCUCGACAUGUCUCCCGGCGACAAUGGACUCCCGAAACGCGGAGAAUUCAUGGAUGACGAUGCCUCCCAAGCCCAUCUGGAAUGCCAAUCCAAGGAGCGGCAACGCUCAUAUCCUGCCAUUGACGACGAGCGCCCGCAGCAGCCCAAAGGGCCUCGUUUCAACGACAUGCCUCCCAGCGACAAUGGACUCCGGGCACGUGACGAUCCUCCUCCUCAAGCAGAUACACGGUCUAUCCGUGGAGGAGGGGUGGUUAAGGACGAGGAAGACACGGCAGUGUCGGCGACGGUGUUUGGCGCACCCGUCUAUUUGUACUAUGGGGAAAGAAAUCCCAAGCACAAAUCCCCCGUCGGGCCUGCUGGGAGCACGUUGCCGGCUGAGAACGCCCGGGCCACGGCCAUCCGUCCCCCUAGGAAAUUAAAGGGGAGUUUCUUUAGGCGUAUUGACCGCGACAUGCGUCGUCGCCAGGCCGAGGGCGAACCUUAA